AAUAAAAGUGGCGAUGGAGAUUGAUGAUACGAGAGUUAGGAGUUGGUUAGGGAUGAUUUAAUCGUAGAAUUUCUUUGCGUUUUUAAUUAGGAAACAUCAGGUGUCAUUGUUGCAGUGAGAAUUUCACGUGACAGCGCCGAGUGCCAUCUAGUUCGAGCCGAACCUCGAAAUUCUCCGUGCGCGAUGCUGUUCGAGGCGUAUCUAAAUUAAUAGUUCGAUAGACACGCGUCUUGUUUCGAUUGGAAGAUAAGUUUAAAAAAAGCCAUGAAAUAAAGCCAGCGUUUUGAAAUUAAAAUCCGACAUGGGCGACGAGCAGCAACUGUUCCUUAUAGAAUUCCUAGUCGACAGAGUGAAGAUCCCCGUAAUAAAGGCGAUGCAGGACGAAUUGCUACCAGCCUGCACUUGCGUCUCGUUUCAAAUUCUCAGUCUGCCGGCCAUCGACAUUUGCCAAGAAGCUCUAACGGACAGCUGCGGUUGCAACGACGGGGACACGCAGAUCUUCAAGAAAGGGAAAUCCUGCUUAUUCGCGUUGCCCUCGAUCGUCCUUCAGAAGCCCUUGACAACCUUCCCGAUAAAGAUGUCCGUCUACAAGAAGCUGCCGCCGGGCGUGCUGCCGGACGUGAUGACGAUCGGUUGCCAUCAGAUAGAGGCGAGAGCGUUGCUGAACGCAGUGCUCAGCCAGCAGGUGUUCAAAGUGCUGAAUCCCUGUCAGACGAUCAAGGACACGUUCAAGAUCACCACGGCGACCGGCCAGUGCGUCGGCACGGUCACCGUCUACGUCAGGGCCUCCUGCUUCGGCCGGAAGAUCGUCACGCAGUUCCAAAUACCGCACAACAGGAAACCGUACCUGUUCAAGGGUGCCGACGACAGUCCCGUUUUCCAGUGCAAAAAGAUACCCUCGGCCUGCUACACACCUGCCCCUGUCAAAUGUACCUGCGCGAAGAAGUGUCUUGACGGCAGCGGCGAGGCCACAGGAAGAACCUGUUGCCCCGCGCCUGCAGCCAUCGCUCCUCCGCCACCUGCGGGAACACCUCGGCCUGAUUGGGGUCCACGACCCUGCUGUCCCUCUCGACGAGAUUCCCCUGGAAAGGAAACCCUAAGCUGUUCACCGCGUUCACCCACGUCGCGACGGACUCAGCAAGCAACCUCUUCCGGGAACUGUCCACCUUGUUGCACGCCGCAUCCUGGGCAACUCGUGAAAUUGGGUCAAUCCGGGGCCGAGGGCAAGUGUCCACCUUGCUGCUCGACAUCGUCGAAAGGAUUUCAACCGUUCGGCGAUCUAUCUGCUAGAGAGGCAAGCGUGAAGAGGUGCGGUUGCCCUGCGAAGGACUACAGCUGCAACUGCAAGCAGAAGCGGAAUAGCUGCGGGUAACCUGUCCGACCGACGUCCCGAUAUAAAUCAGAAUCGGGAACGUUCCGACGCCGAGCACAAUAGGAUGCGAUACCGAUCCCCGCGCGACUAGAUUCGAAUAAUAAUGCGAAGAGGAUAUUGACCGCGUUCGGG